UUAAAAAAUAACGAAAUUAGAUCUUACGCGCCGUCAAUCACUUUAAGGCAAAAGUGAAAGUCACGCACUUACUUCUGGUCUUAUGUUUUUUUGCCCUAAUCGACUUCUGCGUAGAGAAACCGAAAAAGGAGAGAGAAAAUCCGCCGAUAAGAUUCCGUACGACUGCACGUCUCCGAUCUCGCCGUGAAUCUGUCUCGAGAGUCUGUUAACUCACCGGAUCUCCGUCGUUGAUCUGCCUCUGUUUCGAUCCGUGUUAAACUCGAUUUAAAACUAUGGAUCCGAUGGAUAUAGUUGGAAAAUCAAAGGAAGAUGCUUCGCUUCCGAAAGCUACCAUGACGAAAAUUAUAAAGGAGAUGUUACCCGCAGAUGUUCGUGUUGCUAGAGAUGCUCAAGAUCUAUUGAUUGAGUGUUGUGUAGAGUUCAUAAAUCUUAUAUCGUCGGAGUCGAAUGAAGUGUGUAACAAAGAGGAUAAACGAACAAUAGCCCCUGAGCACGUACUCAAAGCUUUACAGGUUCUUGGCUUUGGGGAAUACGUAGAAGAAGUUUAUGCCGCGUAUGAGCAACAUAAAUAUGAAACCAUGCAGGAUUCGCAGAGAAGUGUGAAGAUGAAUAGCGGAGCAGAGAUGACGGAAGAAGAGGCGGCAGCGGAACAACAGAGGAUGUUUGCAGAAGCUCGAGCAAGAAUGAAUGGAGGUGUUACAGUUCCUCAACCAGAGCAACUAGAAGAACCCCAACAACAACAACAAACAAGUCUACAAAGCUAAUCAACAAAACCGCAAAGGAAUCCCUUAUUUUAACAUUAUCCUUUUGACUUCUUUUUCUUUCUAGCAAUAUCUCUGUAAAGUGCAAAAUUCGUCGCGUCUUGGUGUUGAUAUGCUCUUUACAUUUUUUAACUUAGGGUUGUGUUUUUUCCCCUUUCUUUGAAUCUAAAAUCACUUAGGUGAUUCAGAUGUAAUUAGUAAGGUUUUUAUUGAAUCUUAGCAACUAGUGUCAUUCGAAUCCAAAUCCCCUUAAAUUAUGUGUAACUUCAUAAUUCUGAAGUCUUGAAUCCAUUUCUAGUCUGAUCACCAAA